AUGGGAGACGCAGACGCAGACAUCGACCCCGCCACGGCGGCCCUCCUCGAGGCCGUGUCAAAGGACAGCACGAUGCCGCCCUCGCCACUGCACCCAGAAACCUACCCUCUGCAGUUUGAUCCAGGCGAGCGCAGAAAGGGCUACUACUUCACACUAGUGCUCGUCGCGCUCGUGUGGUCCAUCACACCGCUGUGCUUCCUCUACGUCCUAUGGUAUGUCUUCGUCGCGCGACACUUCACGCACCCCGUCGCGUGGGUCGCGUCGACCAGCGUGACGGUGUACGCGUUCAUCGAGGUCGCGUUCGCGGCCUACCUCUUCUACCUCGGGCGCAAGGUGCAGGCGCCGCGCCCACACAGCACCGACCGCCUCGACACCAUCUCGGACAUGUUCCUCCGCACGCUGCUCGCCGGGCGCGGCUUCACGCCGUCGCCCUCGGGCCGUGCACGUGCGCUGUCGGGCGCUGCGAUCCGCGACGCACAGGGCCGUGCCCGUGCGUACUCUGCCGCGUCGGCCAGCGCCGCAGGCGGCGGCAGCGCCUACGGCUCGGCAGUCAAGACGCCCCUCUCGCCUGGCUGGUUCCCGCACAAGAUGAACCUCGGCCUCGCGUCGCCGCAGAUUCGUCGCAGGACCCCGCUCGGCGGCGACGACAGCAGCCAGGACUACCUCAGCGCGGGGGCCAAGCACGAGGAGAAAGAGGAGAAGGAGAUUGACGAGCUGUUCGACGAGUACGGCGAGCCGCGCAAGCUCGACGCCGACGACCCGCGCGCCGUCGAGUUUCGCGAGCAUGUCCGCAUGUGGUUUGAGCAGAAGCCGUGGGACAGCCUGCGGAAGGACGACGUUCUCCUCUGGCUCGCGUGGGCGGCGUUCGGCGUCGACCUCAAGGAAGCGCAGGCGGACCCCAAGCGUGUGCGUUUCCUCACGCGCACGUACAAGAUGAUCGAGGCGCGCACCGGCACAGAGUUCCCCGAGGGCCGCUCCGGCGCCAAGGUCAUGCGCCAGAGCAUGGACCCCGUCAACGCCGUCGGCCGCCCGUUUAUCAUCUACGCGUUUGCCAACAUUGUCAACUGGUGGAUCGUGCACGUCAUGUACCCGUGGCGCGGGGCGCGGAUCUACCGCGAGGGCGAUAUUGAUCUUAUCGUGCGUAUCCCGCCGGGCUGGACGCCCGAGAAGGGACGGACAGAGCGCAACGCCCUGCCUAUCGUGUAUCUCCACGGACUGGGCUUUGGCAUGCUCCAGAACCAUCUCCUUGUCCACCACCUCGUCGAUUCGCUGCCGACCCACCCGCUCCUCAUCCCGAUCCCGCACUACACCUCGCAGGCGAUUUUCAACCGGCGCUUCCUGCGCCCGUGGACGCGCUCCGAGUUCACGUCGGCGAUCAAGAACGCGUGCGAGCGCUGGGGAUUCUGGACCGAGGGCGUCGACGGCGCGCCCGACCAGGGCGGCGUGAGCAUGCUCUCGCACUCGAACGGCUCGGUGCACCACGGCUGGAUCCUCAAGGACAUUCCCUCGCUCACGCGCCGCAACACGUUUGUCGACCCCGUCGUCUUCUGCCUCUGGGAAGGCGACGUGUGCUACAACUUUUGUUACCGCAAGCCCAGCAAGCCGAUCGAGCUGCUGCUCUACUACUUUAUCGCGUCAGAGGUCGGCAUCGCAAACUACAUCCAGCGCAACUUUGUCUGGACGGAUAACACGCUCUUUAUCGAGGACAUUCCGCACGCACGCGACCCAACCAAGACCGCGUUCUUCAUUGGCGGCGAGGAUAUUAUUAUCAACGCUGAGCGCACCCGGCUGUACCUUGAGCGCAACGGCGUCACCACCGGCCUGCACUGGGACCCCGAGGCAGGGCAUGGCGACGGCCUCAUUGGCGAGGCGCGCGACCGUGUCGUCAUGUACGUCGGCACCGGGUCGACUCGCGGCUGGGAGGGCUGGUUGACUCGCGGCCGCCGCAGCCACUCUGUUGGGAGGUAUGAGCGACCGCCAUCGCCGCCUGAUGCGGCGGCGGCGACGUCGAAUGGCGCUCAGAGCUGA